AUCUGGUUUGUCUUUGAUGUUGGAUCAAUUAUAUUGGUUUCCUAUUUUUAUAGUAAUGUGUGCAAGAUAGGUGUAGCUAUUGAAUGUCACAUGAUCUGGUUUGUCUUUGAUGUUGGAUCAAUUAUAUUGGUUUCCUAUUUUUAUAGUAAUGUGUGCAAGAUAGGUGUAGCUAUUGAAUGUCACAUGAUCUGGUUUGUCUUUGAUGUUGGAUCAAUUAUAUUGGUUUCCUAUUUUUAUAGUAAUGUGUGCAAGAUAGGUGUAGCUAUUGAAUGUCACAUGAUCUGGUUUGUCUUUGAUGUUGGAUCAAUUAUAUUGGUUUCCUAUUUUUAUAGUAAUGUGUGCAAGAUAGGUGUAGCUAUUGAAUGUCACAUGAUCUGGUUUGUCUUUGAUGUUGGAUCAAUUAUAUUGGUUUCCUAUUUUUAUAGUAAUGUGUGCAAGAUAGGUGUAGCUAUUGAAUGUCACAUGAUCUGGUUUGUCUUUGAUGUUGGAUCAAUUAUAUUGGUUUCCUAUUUUUAUAGUAAUGUGUGCAAGAUAGGUGUAGCUAUUGAAUGUCACAUGAUCUGGUUUGUCUUUGAUGUUGGAUCAAUUAUAUUGGUUUCCUAUUUUUAUAGUAAUGUGUGCAAGAUAGGUGUAGCUAUUGAAUGUCACAUGAUCUGGUUUGUCUUUGAUGUUGGAUCAAUUAUAUUGGUUUCCUAUUUUUAUAGUAAUGUGUGCAAGAUAGGUGUAGCUAUUGAAUGUCACAUGAUCUGGUUUGUCUUUGAUGUUGGAUCAAUUAUAUUGGUUUCCUAUUUUUAUAGUAAUGUGUGCAAGAUAGGUGUAGCUAUUGAAUGUCACAUGAUCUGGUUUGUCUUUGAUGUUGGAUCAAUUAUAUUGGUUUCCUAUUUUUAUAGUAAUGUGUGCAAGAUAGGUGUAGCUAUUGAAUGUCACAUGAUCUGGUUUGUCUUUGAUGUUGGAUCAAUUAUAUUGGUUUCCUAUUUUUAUAGUAAUGUGUGCAAGAUAGGUGUAGCUAUUGAAUGUCACAUGAUCUGGUUUGUCUUUGAUGUUGGAUCAAUUAUAUUGGUUUCCUAUUUUUAUAGUAAUGUGUGCAAGAUAGGUGUAGCUAUUGAAUGUCACAUGAUCUGGUUUGUCUUUGAUGUUGGAUCAAUUAUAUUGGUUUCCUAUUUUUAUAGUAAUGUGUGCAAGAUAGGUGUAGCUAUUGAAUGUCACAUGAUCUGGUUUGUCUUUGAUGUUGGAUCAAUUAUAUUGGUUUCCUAUUUUUAUAGUAAUGUGUGCAAGAUAGGUGUAGCUAUUGAAUGUCACAUGAUCUGGUUUGUCUUUGAUGUUGGAUCAAUUAUAUUGGUUUCCUAUUUUUAUAGUAAUGUGUGCAAGAUAGGUGUAGCUAUUGAAUGUCACAUGAUCUGGUUUGUCUUUGAUGUUGGAUCAAUUAUAUUGGUUUCCUAUUUUUAUAGUAAUGUGUGCAAGAUAGGUGUAGCUAUUGAAUGUCACAUGAUCUGGUUUGUCUUUGAUGUUGGAUCAAUUAUAUUGGUUUCCUAUUUUUAUAGUAAUGUGUGCAAGAUAGGUGUAGCUAUUGAAUGUCACAUGAUCUGGUUUGUCUUUGAUGUUGGAUCAAUUAUAUUGGUUUCCUAUUUUUAUAGUAAUGUGUGCAAGAUAGGUGUAGCUAUUGAAUGUCACAUGAUCUGGUUUGUCUGUGAAAAUUUCCAAAAUUAGGCAUAGCUAUUGUAAUGUGUGCAAGAUAGGUGUUUGUGGCUCUCAAAAAGAAGACUAACCAGUAAAUUCAAAACUAUCUCAAGCACAGAUGACAAAUAUAUCAAAUGAAAUCAUUAAUCUGGAACUAUGUAUCAGCAUCUGCUAUUAUAGUUAUGACAAGUUUUAUAUACAAUGUGAGGUGUGAACAUAGCAGAAGGAAAACUACCGCACUUUACUGGGUUCUCAAGAUUUUCUUUUGCUG